UUUAACUUGCCGUCACCACCUAACUAUUUUUUUAUCAACAGUUAUCCAUACGUUCAAACAAUUCAACUUUUCAACUUCUGGGAACCAUCAAGCCUAUCUUCAAAGUCCAUUGAUGCCUAUCUUGCAACUUGUCUGAACAUUUUAUACAAAGGUAAGCUUUUGGAACUGAGAAGAUAACCAUAGAUGAAUACUCAGGACAAGGAUCUGAAAGCAGUUGAACAUAUCAGAGCUCAUCAGAUGGUGGAAAUGAAAGGAAUCGGUUACCUCCCACGUGAUAUGAUCAUCGAAAUACUCUCAAGACUCCCUGCCAAGGUUCUUUGCAAGUGCAGGUGCGUUUCUAAAUCAUGGCAUGACUUGUUAACUCGUGAUGUCGAAUUUAUGACCCGACAUGUUCAAUGGUCUAAGCAGAAACCUCUGUUACUGGUGAGAAGAUACAUUUCUGAUGGGAUUGGGGAACUUAACAAGAGUAAAAUAACCAUUGAAUUGACCUCCAUAGACAUGCAGGGGGAUGUAACUGAUAAGUUCAGGAAAGUAAUUGAUGGACCUGUUCACACUUUUGUUUCUUGCGGCCCGUUAAGUAUUCUGUGCUGCAUGUACUCUCUUUAUGUGUGCAAUCCCAGCAUUCACCAAGUUGUCCGUGUGCCGUAUCAUGCUAACUCUCGUCUUUACAACAUAGGCUUCGGUUACCUUCCUGUGUCAAAUGAAUACAAGAUUGUGCACAUGUUUUAUCAUUCUUUCAUUGGAAACGGGAAGAUGGGGUGCGAGAUUUUCUCUUUCAAAACAGGUGAAGGAGUUACUUCAGGUUCUUGGAGAGGAAUCGGAGAUUGUCCAUUUAGUGCCUGGACCGAUGAGUAUCCGGUAUCUGUGAAUGGGACGAUAUACUGGGCGCUUUCUUCUGGAUGGAAAGACAAAUCGAUUCUCUCUCUCGACCUGGAGAAAGAAGAAUUUAGCUGUAUUUCCUAUCCCAUUCAUGAAUCUAAAAAGUACAAUUUCUUGGAGUAUAUCGGCCUUAUGAGCACUUUAUGUGUGGUCGGGUUUUCAGCAGAAGCAUCGACAAUGGAUAUUUGGAUGUUGAAGGAAAAGAAGAACAAAACAUGGGCAAUGGAAUACAGCAUCAAUCUCUUCCCUUUGUGUCCCAAGUUUCUGGUUCCUUCCGACGAUCACUCAGAAGAAAUAUUAGUUCAUAUGGAGCAGAGGGAUCUCAUUUGUUAUAGCCUUAAGAGUCAAACAUCCAGAAGGAUUGGAUACUACAGGGCCAUGAAGACUUACAACAAGCCAUGUCUGUAUUAUGGUAGCCUUAUUCCUAUGCAUUCUAGCAGUUUUUGAAUGGUUUACUUAGGCAAUUGUAACUGAAUAAUGUCUAGAUGAAAAACCAGAAAUUCAUUUCUUCUUCAGUAGAAAGGUUUAAGGCACUUCUGACCCUGACUAUCUGAACUUUCAUUUUCACAUGUAUGGUGGUCUUUUCUGGAGUUGACUUGCAUAUUUCAGUGUA